UCCUGUUCUCUCCUCAUGCUUCUCUGCACGGAGAGACAUGGAGGCAGCUGAGGGGCAGAGAGUGGAGGCUGCGCGGUCCGGAGAGCUGCUGGAUGUCGGCUCUUCAGGAGACGGUCUGUACAACAAGUUACUUAUAAAUUCGAAGCAGAGCAAAAAACCCGGUUCCUGUCCUCCGAUCGUUAGAAUGCCGAGAAGCAGCGUACUUGAUAGAGUACAGAACUUCCUGCCUCAAAUGGCCCGGGCUAAUGAAGAUCUCAACAGAGAAAUUCAGACUUGUUCAGAUGGGAAAUUUGACAUAGAAAACGUUGAGGGUGAAGAAAACAUAAUAGAAAUGAAUGUGGCCUUGGUUGAACUGAGCAGCUCUGACUCAAGUGAAGAGAAGUCCGAUAGUUCAGAUGAAAGCUCAGACUCUGAUUCAGAUGGAGAGGUGACAGAACAGAACAUCAGACUGCGACAGAAAGGAAAGAAAGGCAAGAUAGAAGAACUGGCCCUACGUAAAUGAAUCCUGACGUCCCUGAGUCGUGCACUGGUCUUCUGAGAGACUCUUGCAUGGAGGUGAUGUCAGUCUCCACUAACCCAUAUGGAAGGUUUCAUUUCACUAGGAACUAUGUACAGUACAUAGACUGGAUGAGCAGUUAUUGUCUUGGUAUUUUGAUGGGAUCCUAGCAAACUGAUAGGUUCAUACGGAACAGGCCCGCAAAUCGGUUACACAAAAUCUGCAUUUGCCACACCGUGAAGACCACAGCAUGUCAAAGACAAAAUCCAGAUCAAAUCGGAGCAUACUGCAAAUUUCCAAUGUACUGUACAGAAACUCAAUCUGCCAAGGGUGAAAAUGGCAACAGACGGACAGUCAGUUUUAACUUCAUUGUUAGUAGUUGGCUUAUCUGCUAUGGCUGUGUUCACACGUUGCCUUCGUGAUGCUUUUUUAUGAGAGCACUGGAAAAAUGCUGUGGUUUUGGUGUGAAAAACAGCAGCAAAAAAAUAAAAAAAACGCAAGUGAACUUAUAACUGCCCUAUCUAAUGUUUUAACAUUUCGCAAGCGGAAUGACUGUACGCUUUUUAUAAAAGCACACACUUUCUAAUUUACCUUUACACCUACAGAACAUAUUUUCUUGAGGCAGACUUACAGAAAAUGACUUUAUGGUUACAUGGCUAAAGUGGUUAACAUUAAAUGUGAUGUACUGCUAACUGACUCAACUUUUAUUUUUCAAUUCUAACAAAUUGUACUAUCAUUUUACGGUUGUGAAAAGGGUUGUAAAAAUGUUCUAAACUUUUUGCAAGCUACAACCUUGAGCCGAAUACUUCUGUAACUGCAUGCAAUUAAAAAUGUAUUAUCGCUACCGAGUUAUUUAAUAAAUUCCAUCUGUAUAGCGCCA